GGGUCCUUCCUAAGUAAUCUCUCUUCUUGUGCUUGAGAAAGUUGAGAGGGGAAGGAGGCGGCUCAGGGCCUUGUCUCUCCUGCGCAGGAACUGCCCUUGUCCCAGCAGCUGGGCUGCGAGCAGCUUCGUAGUAGUAGUAGUAAUAUUAUUUUUGCCUACGUUGUGUGUGUGUGUAGCCUUUUCUUCCCUGACAUGGUGCAAAGGCAGAGGGAGCAAUGGCGACCUGACACACGGAGGGGCUGAGGAAGAGCAGGAGGCAGCCAAAGUGGGAAGGAAAAGGAGCUUUUUUCUGUAUAACUGGGGUCAAGAGAAAUCUUUGAGCUGGAAUCCCUCAAAUAACCUUCAAAGAUGAAGGCAGCAGAUGAGCCUGCCUACCUGACAGUGGGAACUGAUGUCAGUGCCAAGUACCGUGGUGCCUUUUGUGAGGCAAAGAUUAAGACAGUGAAAAGGCUGGUGAAAGUCAAGGUGAUCCUGAAACAGGAUAACUCAGCUCAGUUAGUGCAAGAUGACCAAGUAAAAGGACCUUUAAGAGUUGGUGCAAUGGUUGAAACCAAGAUGCCUGAUGGAUCCUUUCAAGAAGCUGUUAUCAACAAAUUGACAGAUGCCAGCUGGUAUACUGUAGUUUUUGAUGAUGGAGAUGAGAGGACGUUGAGACGAACUUCAUUGUGCUUGAAAGGGGAGAGACACUUUGCAGAAAGUGAGACACUUGACCAACUGCCACUAACAAAUCCAGAGCACUUUGGAACUCCAGUAAUUGGGAAGAAAUCCAACAGAGGAAGAAGAUCUUCUCUUCCUGUCACUGAAGAUGAAAAAGAGGAAGAAAGUAGUGAAGAGGAAGAGGAAGAUAAGAGACGUCUUAAUGAUGAAUUGCUUGGCAAAGUUGUCAGUGUAAUUUUUUGUUCGGAGAAGACUGACUGGUAUCCGGCUUUGGUAAUAUCUCCCAGCUGUAACGAUGACAUCACAGUGAAAAAGGACCAGUGUUUAGUUCGAUCUUUUGCAGAUUCCAAAUUUUAUUCAAUAGCAAGAAAGGACAUCAAAGAACUAGAUGUAAACCUAUCAAAAUCUGAUCUGUCUGCUAAAAAAGGGUUACAGGAAGCAAGCACUUUCUUAAACACAAAAGCUGUUCCUGAUAACUGGAAAAUGGACAUGAGUGAAAUCCUGGAGUCCUCCAGCAGUGAUGAGGAAGAUGGCGCUGCUGCAGAAAGUGAUGAAGAGGAAGACAAAGUGGAAGAAAAGGAGGAAGAAGUAGUGCCUGAGGAAGAGCUUGAUCCUGAAGAGAGGGACAACUUCCUCCAACAGCUUUACAAGUUUAUGGAAGACAGAGGUACUCCUAUCAAUAAACCUCCUGUUCUGGGCUACAAGGAUCUUAAUCUCUUCAAACUUUUUAGACUGGUGUAUCAACAGGGUGGGUGUGACAAUAUUGACAGCGGUGCUGUAUGGAAGCAAAUUUAUAUGGACCUUGGCAUUCCUAUUUUGAACUCCGCUGCUUCCUACAAUGUAAAAACUGCUUAUAGAAAGUAUCUUUAUGGUUUUGAAGAAUACUGCCGCUCUGCAAACAUUCAGUUCAGGACCAUCCAUCAUAAUGAACCAAAAGUGGUAGAAGACAUUCAGAAACAAGAAGAACCAAUGGAGGAAAGUGUAAAAGAGGAACAAGAAAUGCUUCCAGCAGAAGUAAAAAAUGAAGCAGAAGAAAAUGAUUCCAGCAGCGAAAGUGAAAAAGAAGAAAUAGAAUUAAGAUCCCCGAGAGGACGGAGGAGACUUGCUCGCGAUGCAAUAACUACUAAAAAAGAAACUGAAGAGGAUAAAAUGCAGGACAAAUUAAAAGAUAGCAACAAAGAAAAUAAAGAUGUAGAGGAAACACUUGAGAAUGCAGAGAAGAAAGAAAAUGAGACAUCACUCGGGAGAAAGAACACACCAAAGCAAAAAGAGAAGAAAAUGAAAAAACAAGAGGAAUCUGAUAAAGAAUCUGAUGAAGAGGAAGAGAGAAGGCAAGAGAGGGAGGAAAUUGAAAACAAAGGAGAAUCAGAAGGGGAGGAAGAUGAGGAGGACUCGGAGCCCUGUCUAACAGGAACCAAAGUGAAAGUAAAAUAUGGACGUGGAAAAACUCAGAAAAUUUAUGAAGCCAGUAUUAAAAGCACAGAAAUUGAUGAUGGAGAGGUUUUAUAUUUAGUACAUUACUAUGGCUGGAAUGUAAGAUACGAUGAAUGGGUGAAAGCUGAUCGGAUUAUCUGGCCUUUGGACAAAGGAGGACCAAAGAGAAAACAAAAGAAAAAAGCAAAAAGUAAAGAAGACCAGGAAAAGGAUGAAAAGAAGGAUGAGGAGAAACAGAAAUCAAAACGUGGCCGACCCCCUCUGAAAUCUACUCUUCUGUCAAACAUGUCUUGCAGUUUAUCCAAAACACCUAAUAGUGAAGGUAAAGCAGGAGCCAGAAGUACACGGAGCAAUAUGUCAGAUUGCUUGUCAUUACCAAAUGGAACAGAAGGAACACCUCGCAGGCAGACGAGACGUAGCUCAGGAAUGUUUGAUUCUGAUAGAGGAUCAAACGAUUCUGGUUCAUCUGACAGUGAAGCUGAUGAGACUUCUGAAAAGAGUAUGAAUGAAGAAUUUUCGGCAGAAAUUUCAGAUAUGGAAAAAAAUGAAAAACUAAUUGAUGAGAAACCUGAUGAAGAAAACCCAAAGAUCCCACAUGUAUUGAUGAAAGAAAAUGACAGGACUCAAGUGCAGCCUCUAGAAACUUUGAAACUGGAAGUUGAAGAAAGUGAACAAAUAGUUCAGAUUUUUGGAAACAAAGCUGAACAAGUGGAAGAAAUUAAAAAAGAGACUGAAAAAUCACCUAAGGGGAAGGGAAGAAGGAGCAAGACAAGAGAUCCCUCUUUAGAGAAUAUAAAGGUUUUGCCAGAAAGCCAGGAAGAGGAAACAAAUGAAACCCUCAUAGAAUCUGAAAGGUCAGAAAUUUGUUCCUUAGACAGUAAAGAGUUUUCCACCACUACUGAAAAUGAAACAGACCCUUGUACAAAAGAUAAGAAGCUUUUGAAAAGGAAAACGUUGGAACAGACAUCGCCUGAGAAAAAGGUACGACGAGAGUGUGAGAUGGAAGUGCCAAAUAUUGUGUCUGAGGAGAGGACCAAUGAAUGUAUUGGAAUGGAGGAAUGUAAAGACUUCCAUGAUGAAGAGUCACUCAGAACUGAAAAUGAGGAAAUGCCGUCUUUAGUAGCAGAGUCAGAUCAACAUGUACAAGAGCUGACGAAUGAAAACUUUGAAUGUACGUCUGAGGAAAAUGAGCAUAUUCCAUUAAAAGAUGAGGAUGACACUAUGCCUCAGAUUGGACCUGAAACUCUACUUUGCCAUGAAGUGGACUUGGAUGACUUUGAUGAAAAGGAAAAGAGCAGUAGUGAGGAUGCAGUAACAGAAAAGCCAGACCCCAACACUUUGACCUCAAAUCCAUCUGCCUUAAUCCCUGUAGCCCAGCCUAACUUCUCUGUGGCCUCGCCCCUUGCUCUUAGUCAGGAUGAAUCUCGCAGUAUAAAAAGUGAAAGCGAUGUAACGAUUGAAGUGGACAGUGUGGCAGAAGAAUCUCAAGAGGGUCUCUGUGAAAGCGAGUCUGCUAAUGGAUUUGAAGCCAGUACCACUUCAAGCAAUUGUAGUAUAGCAGUACAAGACAGAGAAACUGGAGAGAAGGGUCAAAAAAGGCCAAGCGAUGGCAAUAGUGGGACACUGGCAAAGAAACAAAAGCGUACUCCAAAGCGAUCAAGUGCUGUAGCCAAAAAUGAAAAGAAUGGAACAGGACAAAGCAGUGAUAGUGAAGAUCUUCCUGUCAUGGACAGUUCAAGUAAAUGUACUCCAGUAAAACACAUAAAUGUGUCCAAACCACAGAAGCUUGCGCGAUCCCCUGCAAGAGUAAUUUCCCCUCACAUCAAAGAUGGAGAAAAGGAUAAACAGAGAGAGAAACAUCACCACAGUGCUUCCCCAAGAGUGUAUAAAUGGAGUUUCCAACUCAAUGAACUAGACAACAUGAACAGCACUGAGAGAAUCUCCUUUCUACAAGAAAAACUACAGGAAAUCCGAAAAUAUUACAUGUCCCUGAAGUCAGAAGUAGCAACAAUAGACAGAAGAAGAAAACGAUUGAAAAAGAAAGACAGAGAAGUGUCUCAUACAGGAGCAUCCAUGUCAUCUGCUUCAUCAGACACUGGGAUGAGUCCGUCAUCAUCUUCUCCUCCCCAGAAUGUGCUUGCUGUAGAAUGCAGAGAAAGGGCACUUAUCAGAUUUGAAAAGUUAUGUCCAAUGAAGCAUUCAGGUGUUCUAGGAAAUCAUAGAAAAGCAAGUGCAUCAAACAGACAUCAGAAUAUUAUCAAACAGAAUCAAGUUACUGCUGCACUUUCACCCAGCUUGUAUGCUAACCCUUGGUGAGUAGUUCCUCUUUGUGGAAGCACUUGCUAUACAGAACUGCCAAAGUAUGUGUUCAGCAAUGUGCCCAGUUUUAAAGAUGUAAAUGGGACAAAAUAAAUUGUGAAAGGAAGUGUAGUUGACUGAAAACUACAGUUGUAAUAAGUCUUCCACUUUUUAUAGGAUUUUUGAGCACACAAUUAUGCAAAUAUUUUAAUGUUUAUUAAUGUUUACAGUGGAAUUGUGAAUAGGUUUUCAGUGGACUAUCUUAUCCCUUGACAAAAAUAUUUUGUCUUUUUUCUAUGUAAUUUCAGAGUUUUUAUUUUGUUACAAAAAGACGAAAAAUGAAAUAUAUAACAACAAUGAAGUUAUUUAACAAGAUUUCUAAAGCUGAAUUUUUUUGUGUAAAAUAAGGUAUCUUGCAACUUGUUAAAUAUAUUUAUUCAGACAUUGGAUGUUGUAUUUUUAUGUAUUUUUUAAAAUAUUAAUAAAAUUGGAAAAAAAUUCUAGGUUAGUUCACUCUUUUGAAAAAACAUACCUAUCAGUUGUAGCUCUUACAGGAGGUUUUAUCCAGUAGCCAUGCCUGUAUGUGCAGUGGGUCUGUUUAUUCUUCCACAAUGUAGAACUGUAAUCGGGCAUCUGGAUUAAACUAUAACCUUGUUUGGAAACUUUGGCAGUCCUAGUACUUAUAUUGUUUUGAGGAACAAAUUUUAUUGGGUUGCCCUUAAGAUGCUUUGUCACAGUUUUUAUGUUUGCUAUACUGCCGAAUGAAUUUAUAUCUCCCAAAGUUGAGAUGCAACAAUAAAGUAAAGCAACUGUGUAUACUUUGUCUGUGGAUUGUCCCACGGGCUGAUGCAGUUUGUAAAUAACUCUUCCAAAACCAUGUAUUUAAAACAGUUCGCAUAUACAUUAUGUAUAAAAGUGAUUUUUUUAUCAAUUUUUUUAUUCAUGUUUGUACAUUGAAAGGGGUUUUAACCCCUCUUUCUGUGUUUAAAAUGCUGUAGAGUAAUAACAUAGAUGCUCUAGACUGUAUAUCAGGAUAUUAUGGUUCACACAGCAGAAAGUCAGAGCGAAACACUAGUGAUGGGGGUAGCAUUACUAAAAUUGAUGUUUCUUGAAACUUCAUUUUACCACAUUUGUCAACUUGUGAUUCCAAUUCCUUCCAUUUUCGCAGAGAAUUAAAGAAAAAGUACUCUUGUAAAAUGCACUUUUCCGUCUUUUCUUAAGCAAAGCAUAACUAUUUCAGUGUAAGAUAAAAUGGAGUUCAUUAGAGAGCAUUAAUAAAGGCCAUGUUUUAAA